UCACACGUCCCCGGGUUGCGUGCGGCGUCCUUUGGCCCACCUCGGCGCUUCCCGCUGGUGUCUGCCUCCUCCCGGGGCCCUCCCAAGUACGGGGUGGCGCCCACCGGGCAGAGCACUUUCCCUAGACCCCCGUAAUUACUGGAGGUGGAGAUUUCCUUUGUGAAAAUGAAACUGCGAGCGUAUCUCUGGGCAUUGUGUCUGCCCAGGGGCCUAUGCCAGGUUUGCCGUUGGAGCCCCCGACCCCUCUGCCCCCUAGAGAGAGUUCAAAUACAGAUCUGCCCUUUUCCACUGACUCAUCCUGGGCAAGGCACCGAACCUCUUGGAGUGGAGUGUGGAAAGCAUUGAAACUUGUGUCUGGCACAUGCUAAGUGCUCAAAAAACAUUCAUGUAUGUUUCUACUAAGCCCCGCAGCACACGGAGGAUUAAUAUACUGGGCGUCAGCAUACGUUCAGAGCAGGUUUGCUCUAAAACCCACACCCUCCUGACUUUGUGGGGUUGUUCUUCCCUUCCCUGCCUGGUUCUGUGCCCAGCUGCAUGCUUGGAGGUUUCCGGCCUGCUCUCUAGGCAGGGAGAGACUCCUAAGGUGGAGUCGGCUUCUGGUAUGCCCAGCUCUACCUCUGCAACUUGACUCUUCUCUAGAAAGAGCACUCAGCUGACCAGGAAUAUGGCCCCAGGGCUCCUGACAACCAGGGAUGAGGCAUUAAUGGCCUUCAGGGAUGUGGCUGUGGCCUUCACCCAGAAGGAGUGGAAGCUACUGAGUCCUGCUCAGAGGACCCUGUAUCGGGAUGUAAUGCUGGAGAACUACAGCCACUUGGUGUCGCUGGGAAUUGCCUUUUCCAAACCCCAACUCAUCACCCAGCUGGAGCAAGGGGAUGAGCCCUGGAGAGAGGAGAGUGAAUGUCUUCUGGACCUUUGUCCAGCAGAACCAGGGACAGAAUUCCAGCCAUGUGGCCAUUCCUGCCCGGUGGCCUUUUCCAGUCCGCAGUUCCUCGAAGAGUAUGUGCUGUGCAGGCACCUUCCUCAGAUCUUCACAAGUUCAUACGCAGGAAGCCCCAUCCCAAAAGAAGCUCCCAGCUGCUCAAGUGAACAAGGUGACAAUGAAGAGACGGAAGGGAGACUCGGGCUGAGCGGGGUUUCCCGGGUGCUCUUUGGACCCUCUCAGGGUCGGCAGGUAGACUGGGUGGAAGGCAACAGAGCUAGGGGAGUAGACCAGGGGAUGUGUCCUGAGGAGGCUGACCUUUCAGCAUCUGGAGCAGCCAUGUAUGGGAAAUACAGACUGGGACUUGGUCCCAAAUCCAGUCUCUUAAGCCUCCGGAAGCAUCACGUAUGCCCUGAAUGCGGCAGAGGCUUCUGCCAGAGGUCAGACCUCACCAAGCACCAGAGGACACACUCAGGGGAGAAGCCUUAUAGCUGUAGGGAGUGCGGGCGAGGCUUUGGCCGCAAGUCCUCCCUCACCAUUCACCAGAGGAAGCACUCCGGGGAGAAGCCGUAUGUGUGCCGGGAGUGCGGCCGCCACUUCAGGUACACGUCCUCACUUACCAACCACAAGAGGAUACACUCUGGGGAGAGGCCCUUCGAAUGUCAGGAAUGUGGACGAGGCUUUCGCCAAAAGAUUGCCCUCAUCCUGCACCAGAGGACACACUUGGAGGCGAAGCCCUUUGUGUGUCCUGAGUGUGGGAGAGGCUUUUGCCAGAAAGCAUCACUCCUGCAACACCUGAGCUCACAUUCCAGUGAAAGACCCUUCUUGUGCCUUGAGUGUGGGCGUGGUUUUAGGCAGCAGGCACUGCUCCUCAGUCACCAAGUCACACACUCAGGGGAGAAACCUUACAUCUGUGCUGAGUGCGGGCAUGGCUUUCGCCAGAAGGUCACCCUCGUCAGACACCAGAGAACACACACAGGGGAGAAGCCUUACCUGUGCCCAGAGUGUGGGCGCGGCUUUAGCCAGAAGGUCUCCCUCAUGGGACACCAGAGGACACAUACAGGGGAGAGGCCUUAUCUGUGCCCUGAGUGUGGGCGUGGCUUUGGCCAGAAGGUCACCCUCAUCCGACACCAGAGGACACACACAGGGGAGAAGCCCUACCUGUGCCCGGAGUGUGGACGUACCUUUGGCUUCAAGUCGCUCCUCACCAGACACCAGAGGACACACUCAGGGGAGGCGGCUGAUGUGUACAGAGUGUGUGAACAAGGACUGGGCCAGAAAUCUCACUUCACCUCUGACCAGAGGACACACUCACGGGAGAAGCCCUGUGUGUGCGGUGAGUGUGGGCGUGGCUUUGGCUUCAGGUCGGCUCUCAUCAGACACCAGCGUACCCACUCAGGAGAGAAGCCAUAUGUGUGCAGGGAGUGUGGCCGAGGCUUUAGCCAGAAGUCUCACCUCCACAGACACAGGAUGACCAAGUCCGGCCAUCGCCUCCCACCUCAAGAGCUGCUUUCCUGACCUUCCCUUUCCUCACGAGUGUGAAGAUGGCAGAAAGCACUAGGAAACAUUUUGCUUUCCUCAAAUGCAGUGGAGGAAUAAAAGAACACAUUGAUUUAUGGUUUAUUUUCUGUACUAGCAAUGUGUUUUGAUUUGCUAAAGCUGCCAUUAAAAAAAACACCACAAACUUGACGGCUAAAGAA